UGUGCGAACGACAAGCCAAACUAACACAGUUGACAGGAGAUCACAAAUCUUCAGAACCAUUUGGGAAUUUUAUCAAAAGCUGACACAGUAGCCUGUACUUACCAUGGCCAACGACAGAAUGAAUGUGGUUGAAUUCAACCGGCAACAAAACCGAUCAUUACUCAAGAGUCUUGAGCCUGGCGAUCUAAUCAAAGUUAAAAGUGGACUCUUCUACCAUUGGUGCGUCUUUAUUGGCGAUGCCGAGGUUGUUCACGUGGCAGGUUACAAUUUGGAGUCGGCGAAUUCGACUAGUAGUUUUACGGGACUGUUAAAUGGGUAUACAUGGAGUCUAGUAAAAAAAGAGAAUAUUUGGAAAGUCGUGAAAAACAAUCUAAUGGAGAAGGACAACCAAAUGGAUAAAAACCGCACACCUUUCGCUGGUGAUGAAGUUGUUUCGAGGGCACUUAGCAAAAUAGGUUACAUCAAAUACCACGCUGUAUUGAAAAACUGCGAACACUUUGCAAAAUGGUGUAGAAAUAACACGGAGGAAAGUUCACAGAGCCAAAUAGCUGUACUGGGCACUGCAGUUAGUGGAUUUGUUGUCGGGGGUCCAUUAGGAGCACUGUUUGCAGGGGCAUCUGCCAUUGCCAAGCUGCUAUACGACGUAGCACAAGAUGAAAAAGAAGAAAAGGAAACCAGUGUCUAUAUGUACAAAAAUCGUUACAUGUAAAUUAAGAUUCGGCUUGUUUCAUUGUUACAUGUGUUGUAGCCGUGUAAUACCGAAUUACAUAUAUGGCACACACAUCAUCACUUACACAAACAUAAGCAACAUACAAUCACAUGCACAAACACACAUAUCAUCGUCAUAUAUAUAAUAUACAUUUAUAUACAUGUAUAUAUAUAUAUAUAU